UCCAGAAGGACUGCAAAACUAUGCUAGCGUGAACAGGACUUGCAGCUGUGGAAGACAGAAAGGAGACAGACCAACAUUGAUUUGUUCCUUCUUUUCAAUCCUGCGUUCGCCAUGGCUUGCAAGACAGAUCCGGUGCCCGGAGCCAGAUGUUCUCUAUAUACCAGUUUGUGGGAUUUUCAAGCCCUAACCGAAACGGAGUUGACUUUCCAAGCAGGGGACCUGUUCCAAGUGAUUCAGAAGACCGGGGAAUGGUGCUGGGCCAAGCAGGUGGAUGCUCUGGGGGGAAUAUGUGAGGAAGGCUACGUUCCCUACAGCUAUCUUGCCAAGAAAGAGACGGUAGAGACGGAGCCAUGGUUCUUUGGGCAAAUUUCCCGCUCGGAAGCGGUCCUUCGGCUGAUGUCGGAAAAGAAUAAAUCUGGCGCUUUCCUAGUUCGUAUCAGUGAGAAAAUUGGAGCGGAUUUCGUGCUUUCGGUCCGUGAUGGCCACUUGACCAGACAUUACAAGAUCUUGCGAAACGGUGAGGGGAGGUUCUACAUGAACGGGACGAGGACAUUCCCGGACCUGCUCACCCUGGUGACGUGUUACAAGGAAAAGGUUCUUACUCACGGCUUGAAACUUCUGGCUCCCUGCUACAAGCCUGAGCCAAAGUCCAUGCCCCACUGGGACGAUUGGGAGAGACCCAAAGACGAAUUCCGUCUGAUCCGGAAGUUGGACUCCGGCUUCUUUGGAGACGUCUACGAGGGACUUUGGAAAGAGAAAGUGAAAGUGGCUAUCAAGGUGUUACAGAGAGCCGAUCUGACGUCCCAGGAUACCUUCAAAAACGAGAUCGAGGCCCUGAGGCUGUUGAAGCACAAAAACAUUCUCUCCCUCUACGCCAUCUGCUCGGCCGGGGAUCCGGUCUACAUCAUCACCGAAAUCAUGAGCAAAGGAAACCUGCUCUCGUUCCUGAGGGGUCCAGAGGGGAAACAGAUGGAGAUGGUGGAGCUGGUCAGCUUGGCUGCUCAGGUGGCCGAGGGGAUGAGCUACCUGGAAUCGCAGAAUUUCAUCCAUCGGGAUUUGGCUGCCAGGAACGUCCUGGUGGGAGAAAACAACAUCUGCAAAGUGGGAGAUUUCGGGAUGGCCAGGCUGAUCGAGGAAGAUAUAUACCUCUCUUACUCACACAGCUUUCCUUACAAAUGGACCGCACCGGAAGGCCUUUCCUGCGGAUGCUACUCCAUCAAAUCUGAUGUGUGGUCCUUCGGCAUCCUUCUUUAUGAAAUCAUGACUCGCGGGCAAAACCCAUAUCCAGGCAUGAGUAACUUGGAGGUCUCCACCAAGGUUCAAAAUGGCUUCCAGAUGCACCGCCCGCCCAGGUGCCCUCCUGUCAUGUACUCCAUCAUGUGCAAAUGUUGGAACCUGGAUCCCAACCAAAGACCAGUUUUCCAGAACAUCAGAGAACUCCUCCAGAAUUUCACCAGCUACGAGAACUUUGAAGCCUUCUCUUAAGCUGCCCUUCAGUGAUUGGGGCAGUGGUGGGUUCCUCCCGGUUCGGUCCGGUUCGGCCGAGCCGGUAGCGGUGACGAUAUGACGUCACCGAACCGGUUCUCCCCCCCUGCCCUCCCUCCCCCCCACGUUAUUCUUACCUUUUAUUUGGUCCCACCCCCAAUCUAUUGCUGCCUCCUGAGUCCCAGCUGAUGACUAGAGGGAAAAAAAACUGUUUAAACUCUUGCGGGGGGGCUUCAAAGGGCCGCCCUACAGCUGAUCAGUGUUAAAAGCAAACAAAUGAGUUGGGUCGUAAGUGCGAGGACUGGUCGUAAGUGCGAGCACCUUCCAGAAAUGACUCUGACCAGCUAGCCAUGCCCUCCAAGCCACACCCACAAAAUAAGCCAUGCCCACAGAACCGGUAGUAAAAAAAUUUAGAACCCAACCCUGGAUUGUGGAGACGCCAUCACACAGUCACCUGAGUAUAAGGGGGCAGAGGAGCAGAUCAAGGUGAUUGACAAAUUAUCGCACCAUCAGCCCUGCUGGGAAAGAAAGGAUGUAGGUUUAAUUUUUAAAAAAAGGCAAAAUAGGGACUUUUGAAUCUAGAACUAAAGAGAAAUUUCCUAAAGGCGAGAGUAAUCCAUCAAUGGAACAGCUUGCCUUCAGAAGUUGUGGCAUCACUGGAGGCUUUCAAGAAGAGAUGGGACAGCCAUCUCUCUGAAAUGGUAUAGGGCUGCGAUGGCGAACCUACGACACGCGUGCCACAGGUGGCAUGUAGAGCCCUCUCUGCGGGCACAUGAGCCGUUGCCCCAGCUCAGCUCCAUCGCACAUGCGCACACGCCUCCCGCCAGCCAGCUGAUUUUCGGGUCUCUGCUGUGCAUGCGCAGAGGGCGUGGCACAUGCGGGAGAUGCGUGCAUGCAUGUGUGGGGACGGGGGAGG